CGAAAUCAUGCUAUCUCUGUAAACUAUCGACAUGGCGCUCUCUUUGCGAGAUGGCGCUCGGCUCAAGCCUGAUAUUCGCCUUGCCCAAGCGGUUUCCGAGUUCGAAGCAGCUCUGAGCUCUGAGCAAAAAGUCGCGUUUAGAGCCUCGCGAUCUUCAGCUGCUCAGGUAGCCCCAACGAUGUCUGAUGUGAUGCGCCUCACUGCCGAGAUCGACCUGAAGGCCACGACCAAGCAUGGCCGUGGAAGAUGCUUUGGGCCAAGAAUGACAAACCUUCUUAAUGCAAUCCAGCAGUUCGCUGCGCUUGGUGAUGUUGUUGUUGGAGGCUCGCAAAACCUCAUUGCGUGCGGUGUUUGGGCUGCUGCAAGAAUGACCGUUCAUGUCAUAACUGGAUACUUCACGUAUCUGGAGAAACUUUCUCUUUUGUUUAUGGCUGUCGGUCGAAACGCUCCGCGCUAUCAAGCUAUGGCUGCAAUUUAUCCCAAAUCAAAGAACCUUCAACGCUAUCUGUGCGAAUACUUCAUAAUUGUCACCAGGCUAUGCUUCCAGUCAAUUUCAUGGACACAGAAGUCCGCUUUCAGCCGACUCUCGACAUCCAUUAGCGACCCAGAAAUGAAAGAAUUGCAGUCAGAGCUUGACAUAUGGUCAUCAUCGAUAAAGGAAGAGGCCAAUCUCUUACUAAAUCAGAAGGUAGACGAAGAGGCCAAAGAAAAUGCGAAAUUUCGCUCGCUCACAACAUUUCUGUCCGAGUCUUCGUCACAUCAGCGGAGAAUUAAGACCUGUACUCGUUUUCUACAGGCAUGCUCCCAGUACGACUAUCAGACCACGUGGAAGCAGACAAGAAAGGCUGGAACCACUCGUCUUUUAGAAUCCUUCUCUGAGUAUCAACAGUGGCAGUCUGACCAGUUCAGCCAUGACUCGGUGCUAUUCCGUGGUAAGCUGGGGGCUGGGAAGUCAGUCCUGUUAGCCAAUGUCGUCGAUAAUUUAAACCUUCAGAGCAAUGCGAUCGUCUUGUAUUUCUUCGCUCGGUAUGACAGACCUGAUGGCUUAAAUGCUAGGACAAUACUUGGCUGUCUCAUCAGGCAGCUUCUGGAGCACUUUGCCACGAACAGGGACUUUGACCAUAUUUUCAAAAACAAUGCAACUAUCCGGGACGCAGACGAUAUUGUGGAGAUCUUCAAGCAAGUUCCGACACACAACCAGCACGUCUUCGUUGUCAUCGAUGGUGUUGAUGAGUGUCCCAUGGAUGAGCAACAUGCCCUGCUGAGAGCCCUAUCAGUUAUCCAGCCCCAUGGCUACAAGCUCUGUGUCUCUGUGAGAACUCUAGAGCAAACUUCAACAUGGAAAGGUCACUCAUUCCGAUUUAAUGUCUCUAUUCCCGAAGACAACCCAGAUAUCUCAGACUAUGUUGAAGUCGAAGUUGCUAGACGGAUCCAAGAAGGAAGACUUGUUAUUGAAGAUCCAAACUUGGUCCAGGAGGUUAAAGAGAAGCUUAUAUAUGGGGCAUGCGGCAUGUUUCUUUGGGUCUCACUGCAACUUGAUUCUAUUUGUGCCGAGAUGACAGACCAUGCAAUACGCGAGACGAUUCAAAAUCUUCCACGGGAUCUUACAGAAACCUUCGAGAGAAACCUUACCAAAGCCAGCUCAAGCGAUAUCAGCGGUUAUCACAUACGAAUCUUCAAACUUUUAGUUUCAGCAAGAGAAUUGCUUACGAUCGAACAACUUCGAGAGGCUACUAGCGUGAUAGUAGGACAGACAACAUGGGAUCCAGCAAGACAGAUCAGCCGUAUUGAAAGAGUCUUAAGGUUUUGUGGAAGCUUAGUCAUGGUCGACGAGGAAGAUGAAACGGUUCGCUUCAUCCAUCAUAGUGCCCGAAGCUUUUGCCUCAAUUCACCGAACAACACUGCCGUAUGGACUUUCACUGAGGAUGAAGCGGAGAGAACAAUGGCAGAAACGCUGGUGACAUAUCUUAGCUAUAACAUCUUCGACACAAGAUUGAGCAGAAACGUUGUACCAAAGAUUGAGGCAAACGAUAUACCCAAAAGAGUGGCAUUGAGCACUAUCAAGACCAAUUCAGUGGGGAAAGGGAUUGCUGACCGAUUGUUAAACCUAAGGUCUCAACUCAGACACGAUGUUGGGCCGGUUCUCGCCGAGUCGGCCAAGGGCUACUGGAAGGAUGGUUCUCACCAAUUCUCCCUACUUACCUAUGCAAGCAAGAACUGGAUUCUUCAUACCUCCCAUGUCGAAUAUCUUGAUCCGCUAUGCCGUUGGCAUUACUUACUUCAACAUCCAACGUUUGGCAUCGACCUAUCGGAUAUACCAGAUAGCUUCGUCGCUCGGCGGUUUUCGGUUGUACGGUUUAUGCCAUCCGAUAACAUGUUUUGGGCCUUGUCCAACGGACAUCUUCUACUCUUCAAACAUGAACUUACGAAAGAACGAGGAGCUCGAAAAGUCCAGUCUUACGCAACGCUUUGGAUCUUUUUGCGACAUAUUGCACCCGAAUUCAUCAAUAAUGUUAUGGACUAUGGACUUGUCAGGUGGCUAUCUCGGAUGCUUGUUCAGUUAUGCAUGACGCAUCCAGCCAAGCGACAACUAUUGUCACGUCUCUCAGUCUUUGACGAGUCUUAUAUGGAGAUAUUACGAACAGCCAUUGAAUUAUCUGACAUAGAGGCGGUUAUCGCUCUUCUAUCCCGCGAUAAUCUUGAAACAAGUCAGCUUCCUUCUCUGAGCGAAGCCUUGGUGGACCUAGCAGUCUCAUUUGGAAAUGUGCCUCUUCUCAACCUUCUAAUGCGGGAAGAGUUCGCAGUAGACGGCACGGCUACCUUCUCCAAGAUCGCUACAUCAGGGAUGCCAGAACCCAUUGUAACACGAUUUAUUCAGCGUCUGCUUCGUCCAGGGAAGAUUCAUCUAUACUCCUUGUCAGAUAAUGUAUUCUAUCUAGCAUUCCGACAACCUCUGAGACUGCUGGGUCCCGAUAGGAUCCCGAAGCGACUAGAGGUUCUGCCAUGGAGAAACUCAGGGGGUCGUCACCGCAAGGUCGAUCUCUUGUUACACAGAGCAUGCAUGAGAGGAGAUCUUCUAAUGGCAAAAAUGAUGACUUCUUUCGGCUGUGAUCCCAAUGCCUGCACAGACGAAGGAUCAUGUCUUGACGUUGCGCUACAUGGCAUCUCACAGGAUAGACUGAACAUUGUGUGACAUCUCUUGGGAUCCUCUGCGCUACCUAGUUACGCCACCCUUUCUCGGGUAGUAUUACUACGGCAGUGGGCGUUCGUGCUAUACUUUUUGCAGUUAGACAUAUCUUUCGAUGAUUCUACAUCUCCGCUACUUGAUUGCCCACUUCUGGCUCCAAGUUUCAAGAUCAUGGUGGAGGAUUCAGAUGAUAUCGAUUACCCAU